AUGAAGAAGCAACAAAUAAGAAUUGCAUGCUGGAAUAUAAAAACACUUUAUUCGAAAGACCAUGAACUAAUUCCCGAACUCAACGAACAUAAAAUAGACAUAUGUGCACUUUCCGAAACCAAAAAGAAAGGUAAAGGAACAACAAAACUAAAUAGCUACAUUUCAAUAUACUCAGGCGUACCAAAAGACCAAAGAGCAACAUCAGGCGUUGGAGUAUCUAUAAAUGAUAAAUAUGAACAGAAUAUAGAAAGCAUAGAAUACGUGUGCGACAGAAUCCUGAGAGUAAAGAUUAUGUUUGACCAACCCAUUCACAUUAUAUUAGUGUACGCACCCGACAUUAAUAAACCUGAAGAAAUGUCAAUCGACUUCUACGAAAAUCUACAGUCAGCGAUAGACAAAAUACCAAGACAUAAAAAGAUAAUUCUGUUAGGGGAUUUAAACGCAAGAAUUGGAAACGAGGUAGUGGAUGGAAUAAAACAAAAAUAUAACGAGAAUAUAACUAAUAGAAAUGGCGAAAUUUUGACCGAAUUCUGUGGACAGAACGAACUGAGAAUAAACACAUAUUUUCCCCAUAAAGAACAACACAAAUACACCUUCUAUGGCAAUAGAAAGAUCAAAGAUUAUAUCAUCACAAAUCGAAGUUUCUUACCUCAACAAAUAAUAGACAUAAGAGUCUUAUCCUCAGCCAACAUUGGAACAGAUCACAAACUUGUGCUGGGAAAGAUACGAAUAGGUGCGCCGCUAUCCAAAGAAUAUGAAAUAAAGCAGAAAAAAUUCAAUAUAGAAUCCCUCAACCACGAAAGCACUAAACAACUUUAUUCAAACAGAUGCCAAACACAUGUCACUCUUAACCCCAUAGCACAGUUUGAUACUCCUAAGACAGCUUGGAACAAACUGAAAAGAAAACAUCACAAAAGGUGCUAA